AUGAGGUGGUUAUGUUACCUGGCUUUGUCACUUAUCAGUGCCACAAGUGUCCAAGCCAGGCAGGUUCAAAGCCAUGUCAACAGCAUCUGCAGCACUUGGGGCAGAGAACACUUCAAGUCUUUUGAUGGCGACGUCUACCAGUUCCCUGGUCUCUGUGAAUACAACUUGGUUUCGCACUGCAAUGAGGCUUACCAGGAGUUCUCAGUGCACAUGAGGAGGAGCAAGAAGGACGGAAACCCAACAAUCAGAUAUUUAGCGGUCACCAUCAAUGACCUCUUAUUCCGCCUGACUAAGAGCGGCGUCACUGUGAAUGGGGAGCUCAUCAAAUUGCCAUACAAUAAUGCAGGAGUGACUCUGGAACAAAAUGCUGUUUACACCAAGCUCCAAGCCAAAGUUGGCAUUGUCGUCAUGUGGAAUGGAGAUGAUGCAGUCAUGGUGGAAGUGGAUAAUGACUAUGCCAAUCGAACUUGCGGACUCUGUGGAGAUUUCAAUGGCGUUCCAAUCUACAAUGAGUUCAUUAGUGAUGAUCGCAGAAUCGGCCCCAUUGAGUUUGGCAACAGAUAUAAAGUCCAUCUUCCUGAUGUUGAUUGUGAGGAUCCCGAUGAAGAGGACGAUCAGUCGCAAGAUGCAAUGACAGUGGUGGACACAUGCAAAGAGUUUCGCGGCACCUGUGAGCAACUGCUGCUUUCCAAGGGCUGGAGCUCCUGCACCACUUUGCUGAACCCUGAGCCCUACAUCCAGGCCUGUAUCCAGGACGUAUGUGGCUGUGCCAACAGAACAGCUGAUUUGUGUGUCUGCAGUACUCUGUCAGAGUACUCUCGUCAGUGUUCCCACGCUGGAGGGAAGCCGCCCAACUGGAGAACACCUCAGUUCUGCACUAAGGAGUGCCCAUUCAACAUGGUGUAUGAUGAAAGUGGUUCACCUUGCAUUGAUACAUGUAGACACUCGGACACCAGCUCACUGUGUGAAGACCACAAAAUGGAUGGCUGCUUCUGCCCUCCUGACAUGGUGUUGGAUGAUAUUUCAGAGAGAGGAUGUAUUCCUCAGUCUGAAUGUCAGUGCAAACAUGACAAAGUCUAUGACACAGGAGAGGUUUAUCAACAAGACAGCAAAGAGUGCACAUGCUAUGCUGGUAGAUGGUCUUGCAAAAGCAUACAAACCCCUGCUACAUGUGCAAUCGAAGAGGGUUCACACAUAACUACCUUUGAUGGGAAGGGGUACACCUUCCAUGGAAGCUGUUAUUACACCCUAGCUAAGGAUGGUUCAAGUCCAAAGUUUACCAUCCUAGCCCAGCUGGCACCAUGUGUGAGCCGUGAGUUCGACACCUGUCUUAAGGCUCUUAAGGUCCUGCUUGGAAAUGACAGAAACAAUGUUUUAGAGUUUCUUGCCAAAGGGACAGUAAGGCACAAUACGCAGUUCAUCAAUUUGCCAUAUCACACAGGGGACAUCAACAUUUUCCAGGCUUCAUCCUUUCACAUCAUGCUUCAGACAAGUUUUGGAUUGCAAAUCCAGAUCCAGCAUGUCCCCAUCAUGCAAGUUUAUGUGACGCUAGACCCAAGCUACAAGACGAAGACGCGUGGUUUGUGUGGGAACUACAAUAGGGUCCAGUCUGAUGACAUGAAGACCCCUCAGGAGAUAGUGGAGGGCACACCAUCUUCUUUUGGUAACUCCUGGAAGUCUAACCCCAGCUGCCAAGACAGGGAGGAGAGACUAGAUGAUCCCUGUUCCCUCAGUGUGGAAAAUGAAAGGUACGCUGAACACUGGUGCUCCUUACUAAGGAAUCCAAACAGCGCUUUUGCCCAGUGUCAUGCAACAGUUGACCCUGAUGUAUACUACAAGAGAUGCGUCUAUGCUAGCUGUAACUGUGAGAAGAGUGAAGCCUGCCUGUGUGCCGUGUUCUCCUCCUAUGCACGAGCCUGUGCGUCAAAGAGAGUCUUCUUAACAGGCUGGAGACAGCAUGUGUGUGAUAAAUAUACGGGGAAUUGCCCAGCGACUCAGACCUUCUCUUACAAGCUUCAGAGAUGUCAGCAGGCGUGUAGAUCCCUGGGUUCAGAGCAGCAGAGCUGCACUUCAGACUUCCUGCCUGUAGACGGUUGCUCCUGCCCUGAAGGACUCUACAUGGACGACAACGGCAUCUGCGUUCCCAUGGCAAAAUGUCCCUGCUAUCAUGAUGAAAUGCUCAUCAAGCCAGGAAAAUCAAUCAGAAUCAAAGAGGAGCACUGUAUCUGCAAAAGGGGCAAAUGGGAUUGCACAGAGAGAAAAUGCACAGGAACCUGUGUCAUUUAUGGCAGUGGCCAUUAUGAUACUUUUGAUCAGCAAACAUAUGGAUUUCAAGGAAAAUGUGCCUACAUUGCUGCCCAGAACAAAUGUGGCAACAGGACAGCCGAAAACUUCUUCCGAAUUAUCACAGAAAAUAUACCAUGUGGAACUACAGGAACUACCUGCUCCAAUUCCAUCAGAAUUCAACUGGGGAGAACUGAAAUCAAACUAGCAAAGGACAAAUACCAGGAGGAAGACCUGCAUAAUGGCACUGAGAUAAAGUACAAAAUAAGGAAAGUUGGCUUGUUUAUCAUGGUUGAAUCCGACAUUGGGCUGACAGUGCUGUGGGACCGUCAAACAACGAUCCGAAUCGUCCUACAACCCCAACACAAUGACCAGGUUUGUGGCCUGUGUGGAGAUUUUGAUGGAGAUGGGCAGAAUGACUUCACCACCCAGGGUCAGCUGGUCGUGAGCAGUGUCUUGGAGUUUGCGAACAGCUGGAAAGCCUCCAGUAGUUGCCCAGACGCAGUGGCAAAUGUUGACCCCUGUGAGGCGAGACCCAAUCGACAAAACUGGGCCAAAUUACAAUGCAGCAUCAUAAAAGGAGACACUUUUAAAAAUUGCCGCAACAAGGUGGACCACACUAAAUUUUAUGACAACUGCGUCAAAGACUCUUGUGCCUGUGAUACCGGAGGAGAUUGUGUGUGUUUCUGCACGGCAGUAGCAGCUUAUGCUCAAGCCUGUAGUGAGGCCGGUGUAUGUGUUGCAUGGAGAACCCCGGAAAUUUGUCCGGUCUUCUGUGAUUACUUCAAUGGCCCAUUCAACGCUACUGAAUGCCUUUGGCACUACCACCCUUGUCAUACACCUUGUUACAAGACCUGUUUGGAUCCACAAGGAAUAUGUAGCAACCCUUUACCCAACCUGGAAGGUUGUUAUCCAGUAUGCCCAGACGACAAACCCAUAUUUGAUGAGAAAAACCAGGAAUGUGUUGAGAAGUGUGAUGGCUGCUUUUACAAUGGGACUCGAUAUGAGGAGAAUGAAGUUAUAUACAAUGUGACUGACAAUUUGGGAAUAAACAAAACCAACCCCUAUUGUGACUACAACGACAACACCAACGAUGGCAACAUCUACAACAGAAAGUCUCACAACUACAUCUACAAAAACUUCCACUCCUGUUGUUCUCACUACAACUACGUCACCACCUACCAGAACAUCUACAACGGCAAGUCUCACAACUACAUCUACAAAAACAAAACCAACCCCUAUUGUGACUACAACGACAACACCAACGAUGGCAACAUCUACAACAGAAAGCUCCACGACUACAUCUACAAAAACUUCCACUCCUGUUGUUCUCACUACAACUACGUCACCACCUACCAGAACAUCUACAACGGCAAGUCUCACAACUACAUCUACAAGCAAGCCAACUGA